GACUUGGAGACGCACUCGCGUGCGGAGCAGAAGCUCGGGAGAAAAAUUGAAAUGUCCGCCUUUUCAGUAACGCCGUGACGUUGACGCGCCAAUGUACAGCGUCCGCUGGCCAAAUAAUACCUUACGCGUCGGUUUUAGCGAGAAAAAAUGAGACGGAAUGUAAAAGUGUUGUUGUUCCUAUGCAUUUCUUGGAUAUUUGUCGUUGUUUACUACCUUCAGACUGCGGAAGUUAGCAAGGGUGAAAACCGCGCCCUCCGACUCAAGGAGGGUUUCAGUUUGCAACCGCAAUACGAUGAACUGGGGCCAGCUCCGGGUGUACAGAUGGCCCUUCAGGGCAGCGCUGAAACCACAGAUGGGCGUCUUUCUUGGAACUAUUUCGACGAAGAAGGCUACGUUUCGAGAAGUGGGUUGAGGCAAGGAGAAGACCCGUAUAUCAGGAAUAGGUUUAAUCAGGAAGCUACAGAUAAUCUACCGAGUAACAGGGAGAUACCGGAUACUAGGAACCAAAUGUGUAGGAGGAAAAAAUGGAACGUAACUCAACUUCCAGCGACUAGUGUCAUCAUUACUUUUCACAAUGAGGCACGUUCCACUUUGUUGAGGACCGUUGUUAGUGUUCUCAACCGAAGUCCCGAACAUCUUAUCAAGGAGAUUAUAUUGGUGGACGAUUUCAGCGACGAUCCUGAGGAUGGGAAUGAAUUGGCGAAAAUCCAAAAAGUACGGGUGUUGAGGAACGAAAAGAGAGAAGGACUUAUGAGGUCCAGAGUGAAAGGAGCAGAUGCCGCUAAAGCUUCUGUUCUCACUUUUCUCGACAGCCACUGCGAAUGUAAUGUUAACUGGCUGGAACCCUUGCUGGAAAGAGUUGCAGAGGAUCCAUCCAGGGUUGUUUGCCCUGUAAUUGAUGUCAUCAGCAUGGAUACUUUUCAGUAUAUUGGUGCUUCAGCUGAUUUGCGAGGUGGUUUCGACUGGAAUUUAGUUUUCAAGUGGGAGUAUCUGAGCUAUGCAGAAAGGGAGAGCAGACAGAGAGAUCCUACUCAGGCCAUUCGAACACCAAUGAUAGCAGGAGGACUUUUUGUCAUAGAUAAAAACUACUUCAAUAGACUAGGGAAGUAUGACAUGCAGAUGGACAUUUGGGGAGGGGAGAAUCUCGAAAUAUCCUUCAGAGUUUGGCAAUGCGGAGGAAGCUUGGAAAUCAUUCCGUGCAGUAGGGUAGGUCACGUGUUCCGAAAACGUCACCCAUACACUUUUCCCGGAGGAAGUGGAAAUGUGUUUGCGAAGAAUACAAGAAGAGCUGCCGAAGUUUGGAUGGACGACUAUAAACAUUUCUAUUACGCUUCAGUGCCUUUGGCAAAGAAUAUUCCAUUCGGAGAUAUAUCCGAACGUGUUAGACUUCGCAACGAACUGCAGUGUAAGUCUUUCAAAUGGUACCUCCAAAAUGUCUACCCUGAGCUGUCUAUACCUCAUUCAACCACUUCCCACACUGGGGAGUUCAGACAAGGGAUGUUCUGUCUAGACACCAUGGGUCAUCUGUUGGACGGAUAUGUAGCUCUCUAUCAAUGUCACCACACUGGCGGAAACCAAGAAUGGAGUCUUACCAACUCGGGUUUGAUAAGACACCACGACCUAUGUCUGUCCUUGGCUAACUUCAUGAAGGGAGCUCAAGUGGUGAUGAGGGUCUGUGAUGGUUCUGACCACCAAAAAUGGCAUCGCAUUGAACCUGGUGGUCUUAUACGGCAUGCAAAAUAUCCCCUGUGUUUAGACUCUAGACUGAACGAUGUACGUGGUAUAACAGCUGAACGAUGUAAUAGUGCAUCGGACUCUCAAAAAUGGCAACUUACCUACUCUUCCUAAAGGCCAGUUAAGAUUAUUUUUAUUUUGUAUAUAGAUGUACAGAAAAGUCUGCCUGGGAUCAUUCUUAAUUAUUCUCAUACAGUCUUUCAUAUCGCCUCGAAAGACCAGGUCUAGUGAUGGGUGUCAUAGUAAUAGUAUCUAACAAUAAAUAUGCACUCUAUAUCUCAAAAACUACCAAACAUAUCCCAUUUGAAUUGAAUGAGCACUUGGUGUAUUUAUUGACACUUAUUGGUUGAGUAUAAUGCUAAUAAGAGACUGAAAAAAUAUUGUAUGCUUUUGAUCUAUAGUUUGAAUUGGUUAAACAAAAUAUAUAUGAUAAAAUAAUGGAAGUAAGGGAUAAAACAUUUCAAAACUUAUCUUAUACACCUGAAAAUUCUUGUAUGACCAAUGGUUUUUGAGUAAAGUUCCAAUGAUAAAGAAAACUAAACAAAACAAUCAAUCAGAAACUGAAAAAUUAAGCUUGUCCUAGUUGAAUCAAAUUUGUAUUAUAUCACUACAGAAUUUGAAAAGGUACUCUAUCCUAUAACCCAUCAAUAAAAAUUAGCAAAUAUUUGAUUUCUUUUUAAGAAUGAUCUUUGGACCUACCUUAUUGAUUUAUCGCAAUCAGCUAUGAAGAAACUGUGUUUUCUAUAUGUACAUAUAUUGAAUUUAUACAGACAUCAGAGAAAAAUGGGGUAUAGAGACGACUUAACAAUUAUUUUUAUUUCAAACGAUUCAACAUUUGUACUUAAUUCAAUGAAAAAAUGAAAAAAAUCUAUAAAUUAAAUACCUGAGUUUCGAAUAUGUGUUUCAUCAAAUAUAUCGAAAUGGAGAAUAGAGCCCUUAUAUCAUAUGAAUGUAAUCGUGAUAUGUAAAAUGGUUACCUAUGAAAAAGACACUUGAUAAUAGAUAUACAGAACUGUCACAUCACGUUAUGGGAUACAUUACUUAAUAGUUAGGUCCUCUAGGCUUUAUGUCCUGACGUAAAUGAAAAAUUACUUACCAUAAUCCUUAAUUGUAUGUAUGUAUAUUAUUUUGAUAUUUUGUUAUAUUUUGUAUAUAAAAGGCUUAUAUAAUUUGUUGAAUUUUUAAAUGAAUGAACACCUAGACAAAAGAAAUAUCUUGAUUGAGAAGAGACAAUAGAACAGGAUUGUAAAAUCCUGAAAUUUGGGUGAUAUAUUGCCAAUGAAAAAGUAAAGUUUUGUCAUUAAAGAGUGAGAAGUGUUACUGAAGUGCUCGAUAUAUACUAGUUCACUCAGAAGACUUUGUGAUGAAUGAAAAUUAGACCUGUCUAGUUAAUUAUUUUGUAAAUUAGAGUUGUAGCUUUUUAUAAAAAAUUUCUACUGAAACAGAUUUUUAAUGGAAACGGGUUAUUGAAUUACAUCAAUAUGAUUUAUUGUUUUGGUCUAAUAUUCAAAACUUGUGAUCUGACAUAUAAGUUAUAAUAAGUUGCAGUUUAUGUAACACACCCAGUAAUAAAAGAUCAGUACUUCAA